UGAAGCUAUGUGUUUCUGUGUGUGGGUGUGUGAGUGUGCAUAUGCGUGUGAGUGUGAGUGUGUGCGUGUGCGCGUGCCUUGCCGACUGUUGGCUUUCGCUGGCUUCACGGGUAACGCUGGGCAUGCGCAAUACUAAUAGCCCAAGAGGACGGUUUUGGUUUUUUUUUUUUUUUUGAAGACCGGAAGUGACAGUGGUCCUGGAAGAUGGUUUCUUGCUCGAGCUGCUGCUAUUGAGUAUUUCUGUUAUUAAUUCUGUUAAUAACAAGAAGUCUUCGGGGAUGAUUCCGGUUUCUCCGCUGAUGCAGUAAGCCAGAUCAAGCCGAACUGAAAAAGUAAAAGAACAGGUUUAUUUUGAGCAAAGCAACUCACAGAGAUCAGUGUCCUUCAUGGAUGUGACUAUAGAUUUCAGCAGAGAAGAAUGGCAGCACCUAGACCCUGAUCAAAGAAGUCUCUACCAGGAUGUGAUGCAGGAGACCUACAGUCACCUGCGCUCAGUAGGAUAUCAAGUUCCCAAGACAGAGGUUUUCAUGCUGGAGCAAGGAAAGGAAACGUGGUCAUUGCGGAAUGAGAGCCCAUGUCAGCACUGUGCAGAAGAAUUGCAGCAGAUUGGUGACCAGAAAGAGACCUAUCAGCAAAUAGCAAAUAGCAAAUCAGCAAGUGAUGUUAUUUUCAUCAAGAAGACACUGGAUACAAAGAGUCAUUAUGGAUAUAAGACCAUUAGAAAAAUAAUUCAUGUGAAUCCAUACAUUGUUCUUCCCCCUAAAAGACCCCACCAGUGCGACUCAUUUGGGAAUGAUCUGAAGCAUAAUUUAUAUUUACAGAGUCAUAAUGAAAAUAAUGGGCCAAAGAGAAUUAAAAGGAUUCCUGAAUGCAGUAAAAUUUCAUCCUAUACCAAUGCUGAACAUACUGUAACAGAAGAGAAAUUUUGGGACCAUAAUCAGUGUGGAAAAGUCAUCAAUUAUGAACAAGUACCUUGUCAAUAUCCAAAAUUUUAUAUUGGAGAGAAAUCAUAUGAAUGUGCUGAAUUUGGAAAGAUCUUCACCCAGAAGUCACAGUUCAAAAUACAUAUGAAAUCUCAAACAGGAGAAAAACUCUAUGUAUGUAUUGAAUGUGGGAAGGCAUUUUCACAGAAGCCAGAAUUCAUUACACAUCAGAAAACCCAUACUAGAGAGAAGCCCUAUAAAUGCAAUGACUGUGGAAAAUCCUUUUUCCAAGUAUCUUCUCUCUUCAGACAUCAGAGGAUUCACACUGGAGAAAAGCUCUAUGAAUGCAGCGAGUGUGGGAAAGGCUUCUCAUAUAACUCAGACCUCAGUAUACAUCAGAAAAUUCAUACAGGAGAGAGACAUCAUGAAUGCAUUGACUGUGGCAAAGCAUUCACACAAAAGUCCACACUCAAGAUGCACCAGAAAAUCCAUACAGGAGAGAGGUCCUAUAUAUGUAUUGAAUGUGGACAAGCUUUUAUCCAGAAGACACACUUGGUUGCACACCGAAGAAUUCACACUGGAGAAAAGCCAUAUGGAUGCAAUAUCUGUGGGAAAUCCUUCAUUUCCAAGUCACAACUGCAGGUCCAUCAACGAAUUCACACAAGAGUGGGGCCCUGUAUAUCUGCUGAAUAUGGGAAAAUCUUCAGCAGUAGUUCCAACCUCAUUACACAUAAAAAAAUUCAAAUUAGAGAGAAAUCUUCCAUCUGCACUGAAUGUGGGAAGGCCUUUACCUAUAAGUCAGAAUUAAUCAUUCACCAGAGAAUUCACACUGGAGAGAAGCCUUAUCAGUGUAGUGACUGUGGAAAAGCCUUCACCCAGAAGUCAGCUCUCACAGUGCACCAAAGAAUCCACACAGGAGAAAAAUCAUAUGUAUGCAUGAAAUGUGGGCUUGCUUUCAUCCAAAAGGCACACUUGAUUGCACACCAGAUAAUUCAUACUGGAGAAAAGCCUUAUAAAUGUGGUCACUGUGGGAAACUCUUUACUUCCAAGUCACAACUCCAUGUACACAAGCGAAUUCACACAGGAGAAAAACCUUACGUGUGCAGUAAGUGUGGGAAGGCAUUCACCAACAGGUCAAAUCUCAUCACACAUCAGAAAACUCACACAGGAGAAAAAUCCUAUGUAUGUUCAAAAUGUGGAAAGGCCUUCACUCAGAGGUCAGACCUGAUUACACACCAGAGAAUUCAUACCGGAGAGAAACCAUAUGGAUGUGGUACCUGUGGGAAAGCCUUUACCCAGAAAUCACACCUCAAUAUACACCAGAAAAUUCAUACUGGAGAGAGACAGUAUGAAUGCCAUGAAUGUGGGAAAGCCUUCAAUCAGAAAUCAAUACUCAUUGUUCAUCAGAAAAUUCAUACGGGGGAGAAACCCUAUGUAUGUGCUGAAUGUGGAAGAGCUUUCAUCCGAAAGUCAAACUUCAUCACCCAUCAAAGAAUUCAUACUGGAGAGAAACCUUAUGAAUGCAGUGACUGUGGGAAAUCCUUUACCUCCAAAUCUCAGCUCUUGGUGCACCAGCCAGUCCACACAGGUGAGAAACCGUAUGUGUGUGCUGAAUGUGGGAAAGCCUUCAGUGGUAGGUCAAAUCUCAGUAAGCACCAAAAAACUCAUACUGGGGAGAAACCAUACGUCUGUUCUGAAUGUGGGAAGACCUUCAGACAAAAGUCAGAGUUGGUAACACAUCAUAGAAUUCAUACUGGAGAGAAGCCUUAUGAAUGUAGUGACUGUGGGAAAUCUUUCACUAAGAAAUCACAGCUCCAAGUGCAUCAGCGAAUUCACACAGGAGAGAAGCCUUAUGUGUGUACUGAGUGUGGGAAGGCCUUCACUGAUAGGUCCAAUCUGAAUAAGCACCAAACAACACACACUGGAGAUAAACCUUACAAGUGUUUAGUCUGUGGAAAAGGCUUUGUUCAGAAGUCAGUGCUCAGUGUGCAUCAGAGUAUUCACACUUAAAUGGUUUGAGGAGAAACUCAUUGAGGAAAUGUCUUAUUAUAAUCACUCUCUAUGAAACAGAAUGCAGUGUAUAUUAUUGUAAAUAAAAAUGCCCAUGUAGAAGUGCCACAUAUUACUGCUCAGAAAAGGACCUCAGAGAAGAUGCUGAAUGGGAUUAUGGAGGACAUUUCUACAUACUGAGAAGAAACUGCAUCAAUUUGAUACAACAGAAAGUUUCUCAUGAAAAAAUACAAUGGAACACUGUGUAACUCCUGAUGAUGAGAAUCCUGUUGGUGGAAUUGGUCUAGUGCCAACUGAUUGAAUAGUAAAACCGUCUAGUAUACAUGACAGUGAUAGCCUUCUUUUCUGUCAGUUGUUUGUUGCAUAUAUUAACAGACCUGUGGGUGUGUUUGCAUUCUUGGUUGAAUGUAACAUAUUUGUGCUUAUCCAGUGCUUCUGUUGAGAGAGAUAUACUGCAGGAAUGGGUGUGGCAUUUCAUUCUUAUAAUUCCAGCCUUUGGGAAGAACUGAGGCAGGAGGGUCACCACGAUUCAAGGCUAGUCUGAGCUACAGGGUAAGACCCUGUCUCAAAAAUUAGAGAGAAAGACCACACUAAAAACAUAUAUUGACACAACCUUCAGAGUGUAAGUGGACCUCCCAUUGUCAUUUACACCAGGACCUGUAACACACUUCAUAAGGGACCACUUCUAAGUGUUACAGCUCUGGAGGGAAAGGUACCCUGGCCAUCAAAAGCCAGACUAUACCUACAGCUGGGAAGGGAAAGGUAUCCUGGCUGUGGGAAGCCAGGCUAUACCUGUCAGUGUUACAGCUCUAAAGAGAAAGGUUUCUUGGCCAUUGGAAGCCAGGAUAUACUUGUGUUACAAUUCUGAAGAGAAAGGUUUCCUGGAGAAGCUGGGCUAUACCUAUAGCUCAGAAUGGAAAGGUAUCCUGACUGUCAGAAGCCAGGCUAUACCUGUGUUACAACUCUGAAGAGAAACCUAUCCUGGCCAUUGGAAGCCAACCUAUACCUGCAAGUGUUACAGCUCUGAAGAGAAAGAUUUCCUGGCCGUCAGAAGCCAGGCUAUUACCUAUAGCUUGGAAUGGAAAGGUAUCCUGGCUGUGGGAAGCCAGGCUAUACUUACAGCUCUGUUCUGGUGAGGGAGAGUUCCCCCACAGGAAUGUAGCAGUUCUGCUUCUCUCUGGGAGAGCCAUUACAUCUCUGCUCCACUCUGCUAAGGAAAUUUCCCCACAGAAAUGUAGUAGUUCAGCUUUUGCUCCUACCGAAGUUGUUACUUCUCUGCCUCAGUCUACUCCAGCAAAAGAAGGUCAUCACUCAAACUUCAUUCAAGAGAUUUAGUGGGAGGGAGGAAUCCAAGAGAGAAGCUGCCUCUGCAGGGUGAGAAAGGGCAGCUUCUAACUGAAUGGGCACAGAGCUUAUAUAUGUCUUCUUAGGGGCAGAGUUUUUCCAGGGCGAAGAUUUUCAGGGUGGGGAUUGAUAGGAUUUCAAUCCCUGAGCUUGGACACGCUCAGAAGUGGACUGGAUUUCAUGCUCAGGAAUUGGUUGGUUUUCAUGCUGAGUUGUUCGGGGACAGAGUGUGUUUCUUUGGCUCUGGUUUCAGGGCCAAAGUGUGUUUCUUUCACUGGCCCUUUUUAACCUUUUGACUCUAGUUUCAGGGGGCAGUGAAUUGGCUCUGAUCUCAGGGGCAGGGUGUGUUUCUUUGGCUGGCCCUUUUAUCCGACACCAGUAAUACCUCUGUCAAAAACAAUCAACAUGUUGUCUCCUGACCCCAGUUAUAAUGCCUUUGGAAUUUUCUUUACCCCCAGGAAGGCUUGAAAUAAACUUUUAAGAUCACCUGG